AUGCAGCGAACACCAUUCCUGGCCAUCCGGUACUUCAUCUCGAGGACAAUACGACCUGAACGACGCGAACAGCUAGCCGCUCUCCUCGACUCGGCAGGCGCAACUACCGUGUCUCUCAACGAUCCGACGCUCACGCACUUCAUCACAAUGUCUCUGCCAUUGGACGACUCACUUGAAGUCAUUCAGACAGAGUCCCAGGCCGUACUCGUCACGCCCACCUGGGUAGAGCGCUCACGCAUCUUAGGUUCGCCCCAGAUUGCCGAGUACUACUCGCCCGACCCCGCACUACUCUUCUCAGGCGUCACCGCGACCGCAAAUGAUUUGUCGGCGCAGGACUGUGAGCUUCUGUCGGCGGCCAUCAGCGCACUCGGAGGCCAGUGGCGCAUGGCCCUCACAAAGGACGUCACGCACGUCUUCACGCUCACGACGGGCAGCGUGAAGUACGCGACGGCCAUGGCGCACCGCGAAAUGACGGGGAUGGUUGUCGUAGUGCCACAUUGGUUCGAGGACUCGGUGCGCCUUGGCGUCAGGGGUCUGCCGACGAAGGAGUACGAGUGGCCAGAGCCGGCUGUAUUCAGGGGGCACGCAGACUUGGACAAGGAGGGCACGGCGUAUGAGAGGAAUCGCAAAAUACCUGCCGAGAAGAAAGCGUAUUUUGAGACAGCCCUUGUGGAGGGCCACGACCUGCCACCCACACGCGCGCCACCGCAUAAUGUGUGGGAGGGCAGGCGCGUGCUGCUGAGCACGUCGUUGGGAUUGUCUGAGGGUCAGCGUAAGGCACACGAAGCGGACAUCCAACGUGAAGGAGGUAUUGUGGUUGAGCUUGAGACGGUACAGUCUGGGUCCGCUAAAGAGAUUGCCUAUGAGGAGGCGGAGAAGGUCGCGGAGUGCGAUAUUCUGGUGACAAGAUACAGGACUGGCAAGGCAUUUGUGGAGGCCUUUAAAGCAAAGAAGACGAUUGGCAGCCUGACUUGGCUCUGCGGUGGCCGACUGCUCCAAAAGAUCAUCACAGUCACGAACUACAGCGGCAAGCACCGUGACUACCUGAAGAAGCUGAUCCUCACCAUGGGUGCUGAAUUCACGCCGAGUAUUAAGCAGCUUGUCCUCUGCACCGAUCUCACCCGCACUAAGCCCACCUCUAGCCUUUCGGGGACGAAGACGCAGAAAGCGACGUCGUGGUCGAUCCCUGUCGUCAACCACAAAUGGCUAGAGGACUGCUUUGCACAGUGGCGCAAUCUGACGCCGGCACAGGAGAAGUACAUCAAGUUUCCCCCACGCGUCGACUUCAGUGAGCUGCUUGCUGACAGGCGGUCCGGGGGCCGAACGGGCUAUGAGCCUGAUGAACUCGCGGCGAUGGCAAUGGACGACGGGCUCGAGGAGGAAACUCAAGACGAAGCAAGUCCAGAUAGCCGGAUCGCCGGUGCAGAGCUAGUGGGGACGGCCAACAGCGCACGAGAUGCACGAGAGGUGGAGGACGCUGUGGCACUAGAGGACGAAGUGGGCGAGAUCAGCAUUGGUGGUCUACAAGACGUCGACAUCAGGAUGGAGGAUGAGGAAGAAGCAGAUCCGGAAGGAGAGAGUAUGGACGUCGACGAGAAGCCUCAAGCAAAACCAAAACCCCUGAAGAAGCUUCCCUCGGCGAAGAAAGCAUCCUUGCAGAUUCAGAGUGACGAGGAUGAGGAUACCUUCCGGCCUCGUGUAUCGUCUUCCCGCUCUCCUGUCAAGCGAUACAGUGCUGCCAAGAGCAAGAGCAAUAGCCGCCGUGUUCCUACCACGUUGAGCGCAGAGUCGGAGGAUGACGAGAGAUCGAUGCGUCCACCGGCACGGACAUCCUCGCCCAAGAAGAAAUCGAAGCCCGCGCAGGUCCGCAGCGACUCUGAGAGCGACGAUAUCGGGCGUCAUGCAAAGACUGGACCAGCAUUCUACAAGAGCAAGCUACUAUCUGAGGACGAAGACGAGGUGAUGGAAGUGGAUGACGAACCAAAACGCCCACCGAGACGUAACUCGAAGCCAAGGCUAUUGGUGAAGGGAAAGGCCAAAGCAGGAGUUCCUUCCGAAGACGAUACGGCGGAUGAUCAGGAAGAUGAAGACGAAGAAAGCCUAGCACCUAGACGGCCUACGCGACGGACGGCCAAACAUUCCCGUUCAGAGAUCCCCGCUUCCCUCGAGCCGUCGUCUUCACGUCCGCUGGAAUCCCCCCUCAGUUCUCCAAACCCGGUGAAGCGACAGGUGUCUGUGGUAUUACCCACCGUUACUGCUGUCUAUUCUCCGAAGAAGACAGGGCCCUCCCCCUCAAAACCGCUUGCUAGGACCGAGUCCGUACGCGCUCAGGCUGCGGAAGCGUCGAGUCGCUCUCCAGGGAAGCGAGGACAGCUGUCCGCACCAAGCUCAAAACGGGAUGAGGUUGACACCAGACCAGCGUCACCUCCUCCACCUGCGAAGCCUAGCCGUCGCAGUGACAUAUCGGCCUCGACGGAGCCUAGUCGAUCCGAGAUCAGCGUCGCACCUCCGGCGCGCACGCCGUCGAGACGCUCUGCGGCGAACAAGGCGACGCAGAAACUACGCGACGUGAUCAUGCCCGACGUGAUGAACUUCCAGAAAGAGUUGAAGCGAGGAAACGUCCGCCCUGCCUGGGAGGAUACGAAAGGUAAGGGUAAGGACGCGCAUAGGGAGGACGAUGCCGCAGAGACGAAGAGUGCGAAGUCGCGCGGCAAGAAAAGGUCGUCAGCUGCACAUGAGGGCACCCCCGCUUCAGAGGACGAAUUGCCUGAGAAGAAACGGCAGCGCACGACGCCAACGAGCAAGAAGAACAAGGCGGUGAUUGGCAAUGGACAGCAAUCUCGACAAGACCAGGAGGAGUCAGGGGAGGAGUCAGGGGAGGAGGAGGACAGUGUCGUCGUCGACUCGAAAUCGCGACGUCGCAAAUCGUCGACACGGGACAAUGCUAUAGCAUCAGCAGCCAGCAAAAGUGUUGAGGUGCAAUCCUCUCGUCACAAUCCCAAGGCCGUGAGGAUUAUGACCACGCAAGUCACUGUCUCAGAUGAGGUUUCGAGAAUCUUGACAAAACUUGGUGUCAAGAUGACAUCAAAGCCAUCGGAAUGCACUCAUCUCGUUGCGCGUAACCUGGUUCGCACGGAGAAGUUCCUAUGUGCGAUGGCUGUUGCACCAUUCGUCGUGAACGAGAAGUGGCUCCUGGCCUCGGCCGCGGCGAAACAGAUUCUCCGUGCGUGA